AUGGGAGCUGCUGUUUCACGCGACCACGCCAAGCUGCCCUUUGGCUACACCCAUGCCCGCAAAGACCACUCUUUCAAUGCCUCCUCCGUCUCCCGCCGGAAACUCGCAACAAGACUCCUCAGAACAUCUGACACCACCUCCAUUACCCCCUUCCCCAUCCAAGACACUCCUACAGCCACCUUCCCUACCAACGCUCCCUCUACACUCCUCGAGACGACAGCAUUCGUCUCCUAUUCCAAUUCCUCGAGCCUGUCUCCUCUCCUCGUCCUUCCUCCCGCCACACUCAGCGCACUCUCCUCCUCUAGCCCCACCAAUUGGACAACUAUAUCGACAGCAACAGCAACGGCAACAACAAGCAACCCAAUUAGUACCAGCAGUAGCGGUACAGGCACGAAUACGGACAAUACGGCCUCGACCUUUUUCGUUCCAGAAUCUGGAACAGGGGCUUCUGCAAUCCCAGGGUUAGGCGAAUCUGACCACUCGCAGCACUCGACUCGGUCGAACACUACAGCCGCUGGUGCUGGAUCCCAUUCCUCACACAACCAACACCGGAUCGCAGUAACCGCCUCAUGCUCAGAGCACAGCAGCAACACCAACAAUAACAACAACAACAACAGCAGUGCUACCUUGACCCCUUCUUCGGGCUCAUCCGUUGCAUGGACAAACACAACCCACACCACGCCUGCUGCAAUGACCGAUCCAGACCUGGUGGCCCAUGCUGCUUCUUCGACCUCAGCUCCCUUGAAGGAAACAGCAGUACCGAUUAGGACGUCGAGUCGCUUGGGACAAGCUGCUGCCGAGAGUUGUUCUUCUUCAACAAGUCCGCUUCAGAAGCAAAGGCUUUCUCAGUCAAUGCGCACCCAGGAGGAGCAGGAUAACGAUAUGGAUAUCAUUUCAGCUUUGGAAAUUGCCGAUCUGAAGGCGGCGCCGUAUGAUUUUUUCAGCUCCAGCUCUGCCAACAAUAGCAGCAGCAUCAGCAACAAUAACAACAAUGGCGGCAGUAGCGGCAGCAGUGGCAGCAAGAGUAACGCCGUCGAACUCUCUUUCCGCCACCACAUGCACUCUCACCACAACCACAACCACCACGGUCAUGGAACUACCUCGUGCCAACACCCUUCGAUUUCCACCAAUCUGGAUGCGGUCGUGGCUGCCCCACCUGUCAUAGGAAUAGGGUCUAGACUGGAACAGGACGAUGAGGGACAACAGACCUCGAGAACACUCUCCGGUCCAGAUCAUCGGAUUCGCCACAUGUCUGAUACUACUCUCGACGUCCUUGACGAGGAGCAACAGAGGAAACAGCGAUACCAACAACAGGCUCAAGAGGAACUAGACAUGGAGCUGGAUAUGGGCGAGGAAGGGAUGGUCAAGCUCGAGGGUGGUGCGGACGAAACGGAUUCGAUCCUAGGAGUUGAGCUGGGCCAUCUUAGUCCCAUCCCCUUCUCGGAGCUGCCCAGCAUGACCAGCAUUGGCCUCUGCUCUCGUGGCAUUGUACGCCUGUCGUCCAACAUCAAGCUCUUGGCGUCCGCCACCUGUGUGCAAAUUUGCUGCAACGAGUUGGGUAGCAUCCCCAUGGAAAUCGGAUUCUUGCGCAACCUCACCCUCCUCGACCUGUCCAAGAACUGCCUCAGGAGUCUGCCCGAGUCAAUCACUCACCUCACCAAGCUCGUCGAACUCAAGCUUUCCUUUAACCAACUGGAAACCAUCCCUGCAGGAAUCGGAGGACUCACCAAGCUCGCCUCGCUCACCCUCGACAACAACAAGAUCACCUCAAUCCCACCCCAGAUCGGUCUCAUUAAGGAACUUGUCAAUCUGGAUCUGUCCGACAACCCGAUCACAGUUCUGCCAGCCGAGGUUGGAAAGCUUCAGUUCCUGCGACGCCUCAAGCUGGAGAGUUGCCCACUCGUCGAGGAGUUUGUUCACUCGCCUGUGCAUUCGCCCCCAACUUUGCUGGAAUUAGCUGCCCGAGUCAUUGUUCGACAUGAUAUCCAGAUGCCUCCUUUGAUGUUGCCUCACCUGAAGGCCUAUGUUGACAGCGCCCAAUCGUGCACCUUCUGCGACGGACCUUAUUUUGAUUCAUGGGUCAAGCGGGGAAAGUUGAUCGAGAAGAACGAGAUGCUUAUCCCGCUCGAGUACACGCUCUGCCUGCCGCACUGGAACACGGAGAUGGAGCGAGUCAGGCUGCUGUUCUGUCCUCGACCCAUCACCUCGCCUCGUCCCAAACUCGCAACCACGCCACCACCUCAAGGAGCUCAACGGAACAACAGCAGCACCGGCAACAAAAACAGUGACAGUGCGAUCGUGCAAGUCAGGAAGCAGACCAUUCAGUCCAACAGCGCAUCCACCACUGCUUCAGGAUCUUCAAAGGCCCCUGUUCUCUUCUCUUCGGACUCGUAUGUCUCAACGUCCUCUGCGUCGGCCGCCAACUCACCAGCCAUGUCGUCGUCGUCCCCCACUAUGACGUCUGAUAGCGGUAACGAGCAACAGCAAGUGGUGCAGCGUGUCCGGCCAACACUUGGACACCGCCUCUCGAUGCUGCUCAGGCCCAAGAGCGAGAGACGGGAACGCCCCCUGUCUGCUUUCAUGAUCUCGACCCCUUCUUCGGCUUCCAGCUCUUCGGCAUCCUCUCCCUCUCUGAUAUCGUCCCCUCUUAUGGGCGGCGGAGAGAUGACAGCGACUAUCACUAGGCCGUCAACCAUGAGCCGUGUUUCAACGGGACUCUUGAGCCGAGCAGGAUUCAAGGGUUCGAGAAGACCAGUCUCAAUGAUUGUGGGCGGAUCUGGCUCGUCUCCCUUGGCCAACUCUUCUUCUCCAGCCCUCAUGACUCUCUCUACCCUCUCAACCUCUGGUUGA